AUCAUAGUCGGGCCUAUGUUUGUGGCAAUAAUCGCUCUCAUCCUAGUACCCAGUGUGAACUUUAUGCAGUCUGGAUCACUGUGAACCCGGUUUCUUCUCAGAGUUCAGCCUGUCAACCCCAUAAGCUAUAUGUACUAUCUUUGCAACAGCAAUUUUGACCAUAUCUCCGUUUCGCCGUACUUUUGUCAACAUGAGUUCGAUAUCGUUGGCUUCAGGGUUCAAUCUCUAUCCCCUCGUUCCACCUGAUACGAUGUCACAAAUCCUUGGAAUUUCCCUUGGCUGUCUUGCGGCGUUAAACACCACUCUACCUUGCGACAAUGAUCUAAUGCAAUGGACACACAAAACUGACCAAAUCUACUGGGAACUGGAAGAUGUAACCACACUCUGCACCUCGAGCUGCGUAUCUAGUGCAGAAACAUGGAGACAGAGUGUUGAGACAGCCUGUGCGAACGACCAUCUUCGAUCUGGGGAACGAUACGUUCCUGCUGAUACACUGAGUGGUCGUUUUUCAGAGGGGCUCAACAUGGCCUGUAUGCGGUCUUCCGCAAACCAAUGGUGUUUACUCGAGUCUUACGAGUGGACUGGAUCAGACGUCGUCCAUGUAGACUGUGAAGCAGAUCCUACAAAUCCAUGGUGUCUCAACCGUGCCGAUUUCGGUGCGAACCAGAGUCGUAUGUCAACGCUUUAUGACGACGAUUUACUGUGCUCGGAAUGUUUCCUCAAGGUCUUACAUGCUCGAGUUACCUCGGACUUCUUACAGGACACGGACUUCGGUGACUAUCUAGUCGACGAGUUCCAGGAUAUCCAGAACGUUUGCCAAACAACUGUGGGUGAGCUCGUUACCAGAGUCAUUCCAGGCUAUGCGCAUGUCACGGACGGGGCUGAGAUCGGCCGGCCAACGAAUACCGCAUCGCCGAUAACCACUGACCCUACCCCGACUUCGACUACGUGUGCAGGCCGUACUAUCGACGUCCGUCCGGACCGGGAAGAAGACUUGACCUGUCAUGACAUCGCAGAGAAGUAUCAGAUAGCGUCCGGCGACAUCGCUGUCGCUACUAACAGCGAGUUUUGUGAUUCCGAAGCCGAAGUCUGCAUACCCUCUCCAUGCGACCUGUACCGAGUUUCCCGGAACGAUACGUGCGAGACAAUAGCCCAGUCGUUAUCAAAUGUAACUUAUGAGGUUAGCCUGGCUCAGGUGGCUUCAUGGAAUCCCAAUAUCCUUGGCGCGUGUGAUCACCUGGCUAUGGGUCAGCUCAUUUGCGCAGGGCCUCCUGGAGGCGCAUGGAUCAGUCCACCAUCUUCAGAAAUUCCCGACGAUGGGGACGGACCAGUCCGAGGUGGGCCGGGCAGCACUAUAUCCCUUCCUAUCAUAAACGAUCCCAGUACAGUUCCUGCCGACAAGGUCCAAGAAGGAAUUCCUUCAGACUGUACACGCUGGAUUGUAGCCAACAACACCCAAGCUGCAUGUUGGAAGCUCGCGAAUGAUGCGAAGAUCACUAUGCAGAGACUCUGGGAGCUGAAUCCUGUUUUCGGCAAAAGCGGUGAGCACUGCGGUACUCAGGUCUGGCUGCACUACUAUUAUUGCAUUUCCAGGAAUGGAGAUGGCACAGACACCACUCCUACAAUGUCUAGUACAGUCCCAAGUGCAACCACACAAGCGCCGAAGCCGACGCAGACUCAAUCCGGUAUCGAUCCUAAUUGCAAUAAGUUCGAAAAGUCAGACGAAUCAGGAGACACUUGUUGGGGAAUUGCUAAUCGCGCCGGCAUCGAGUUGUCCCAGCUCUAUAAAUGGAACACUGUGCUUGGAACUGAUGGAGAGAAUUGUAACACGCAGUUCUGGCCAAGCUACUACUACUGUGUGGGGGUUGUAUCGUCAACGACAAGCCAGUCGCCGACAACCACUGUGACCGCACCAUUGCCUACCCAAACCCAGGAAGGCUUCCCUGCAAACUGCAAGAGGUGGGUGGAGGCUAAGGCGGGCGAUACUUGCUGGGGGAUUGGGAACGAUAAUGGUGUCGCUUUGGAACAGGUAUAUAACUUGAACCCGGUUCUUGGAGUUGACGGAGGAAAUUGUGGAAAUCAGAUGUGGCCAGGGUAUUUUUAUUGUCUUGCGAUUUAG